AUGGCCAUCGUUACAUUCCUCCUCUCGACAUGGGCGCCAGCCGCUCUGCUGGUCGCUGCCGUGGCUUACUAUGUAUAUCCAUAUCUCGUGACCUAUCGACACCUGCAAUGGAUCCCGGCGCCGUUCCCAGCCCAGUUCACAAACUGGUGGCUUUUGCUGGUGUGCCGCCGAGGCUAUCGAUACGAGACCGUCGACAAGCUGCACAAGAAGCUGGGUCCCGUUGUGCGCAUCCAACCCAACCAUGUAAGCCUCUGCGAUGACGAGGCCAUUCAGGUUGUCUAUGGCCAUGGCAAUGGGUUCUUUAAAGCAUAUCGCGCCGAGCACUCACGCAAGCGCAAGAUUGUUUCGCGCACCUUUUCUGUCAAGUCGGUUGCCCAGUUCGAGCCCUACAUCCAUAGCAACCUCGAGCUCUUCGUCCGGCAGCUGGACAGUUUGAUCUCGCGUUCCAACAACCCCGAUGGCGCGGCCUACCUCGAUUGCCUGAACUGGUUUAACUACCUCACCUUCGAUGUCAUCGGUGACCUCGCUUUCGGUGCGCCGUUUGGCAUGCUCUCAUCCGGCGCCGACAUGGCCGAGGUUCGCUCCUCCCCUGACAGCCCACCCAUUUACGCCCCGGCCAUCGAAAUUCUCAACCGGCGCGGUGAAGUGUCGGCCACCUUGGGCGUCCUCCCUCAGCUAAAGCCCUACGCCAAGUACUUCCCGGACCCCUUCUUUAGCAAGGGCCUGCAAGCAGUCGAGAACCUCGCGGGCAUUGCCAUCGCGCGCGUCAAGGCCCGCCUGGAGAACCCCCUUCCAGCCCAGCGCAAGGACCUCUUGCAGCGGCUGAUCGAAGGCCGCGACGAGAAGGGCGAGCCCCUCGGCCGGCAGGAGCUCACGGCCGAGGCGCUGACGCAACUCAUCGCCGGCAGCGGCACAACCUCCAACUCGUCGUGCGCCCUCCUCUUUCACGCCGUGCGCACCCCGGGCGUGAUCCCGAAGCUCCAGGCCGAGCUCGACGCCGCCAUCCUGCCGACCUGGACGUGCCCACGUUCGACAUGGUCCGCGACCUGCCGUACCUCUCGGCCGUCGUCAACGAGACGCUCCGCUUCCACUCGACCUCGGGCAUCGGCCUGCCCAGACAGGUGCCCCCGGACGGCAAGGGGCUGCACUACAAGGGCCACUACCUUCCGCCCGGCACCGUCCUCAGCGUGCCGACAUACUCGAUCCAUCACUCCAAGGAGAUUUGGGGCGCGGAUGCGGACCGAGUUUAGGCCUGAGCGGUGGGAGAGCUUGACGCCGAGGCAGAAGAACGCGUUCAUCCCGUUUAGCUAUGGGCCGAGGGCAUGUGUGGGGAGGAAUGUGGCUGAGAUGGAGAUGAAGCUGAUUGUGGCGACCUGGGCGAGGCGGUAUGAAGUGUUUCUGAGGCAGGACAGCAUGAAUACCAGGGAGGGGUUCUUGAGGAAGCCGUUGGGGUUGGAGAUUGGGCUAAAGCGGAGGCACUGA